CUUACUCCCACUCCAGUUCUGCUGUUUAGCCUUCGAUCUUGUCCCUAUUUCAGAUUUGAUCUCAAACUCUCAUAAACACAGAUAGAAAGAGAGAUACUACAAUGGCUUCUAUGGCUUCAACUAGAGUUCUAAAGAUCGUACCACCUACGUCUUCGACGGUUCCGAUGAGGACUCUUUCCUUCUCAUCCUCUGUAAGUUUCUCCAACGAGAACCUUUCUCUCAAAGCCACCGUGUCACACCGCAAGGGAUCCAUUGCAAGAAAUCCAAUGAUCGUGUCUCCUAAGGCGGUCUCAGACUCUCAGAACUCACAGACUUGUCUCGACCCUGAUGCGAGCAGUAGUGUGUUGGGAAUCAUCUUAGGAGGAGGUGCUGGAACUCGUCUCUAUCCUCUCACCAAAAAGAGAGCAAAACCAGCUGUUCCUCUCGGUGCAAACUAUAGACUCAUUGACAUUCCCGUCAGCAACUGUCUGAACAGUAACGUGAACAAAAUCUACGUCCUUACACAGUUCAACUCCGCGUCGCUUAACCGCCAUCUUUCACGAGCUUACGCCACUAACAUGGGAGGUUACAAGAAUGAAGGCUUUGUUGAAGUCCUCGCCGCUCAACAAAGUCCUGAAAACCCCAACUGGUUCCAGGGGACAGCUGAUGCGGUGAGGCAGUACUUGUGGCUGUUCGAGGAGCAUAAUGUUCUUGAGUAUCUGAUUCUUGCUGGGGAUCAUUUGUAUCGAAUGGACUAUGAGAAGUUUAUUCAAGCACAUAGAGAGACUGAUGCUGAUAUCACGGUGGCUGCGUUACCAAUGGACGAGGGGAGAGCCACUGCUUUUGGGUUGAUGAAGAUUGAUGAGGAAGGACGUAUUGUUGAGUUUGCUGAAAAGCCAAAGGGUGAGCAACUAAAGGCCAUGAAGGUUGACACAACGAUUCUUGGUCUUGAUGAUAAGAGAGCCAAGGAGAUGCCUUACAUAGCUAGUAUGGGGAUUUAUGUUGUUAGCAAAGAUGUGAUGCUUGAAUUACUACGGAAUAAGUUUCCUGGAGCUAAUGACUUUGGUAGUGAAGUCAUUCCUGGUGCCACUUCCCUUGGACUGAGGGUGCAAGCUUACCUAUAUGAUGGAUACUGGGAAGACAUCGGUACUAUAGAGGCAUUCUAUAACGCAAAUCUUGGAAUCACCAAGAAACCGGUUCCUGAUUUUAGCUUCUAUGAUCGUUCGGCUCCGAUAUACACACAGCCACGUUACUUACCACCGUCUAAGAUGCUAGAUGCUGAUGUCACAGACAGUGUCAUCGGAGAAGGCUGUGUAAUCAAGAACUGUAAGAUUCAUCACUCAGUGGUGGGACUCCGUUCCUGCAUAUCAGAAGGUGCUAUUAUUGAAGACUCGUUACUAAUGGGAGCUGACUAUUACGAGACCGCUUCGGAGAAGAGCCUCAUAGCAGCGAAAGGGAGUGUACCCAUAGGUAUUGGAAAAGACUCACACAUCAAAAGAGCCAUCAUUGACAAAAACGCACGUAUAGGUGACAAUGUCAAGAUCAUAAACAGCGACAAUGUGCAAGAGGCAGCGAGAGAGACUGAAGGAUAUUUCAUAAAGAGUGGAAUUGUAACCGUUAUCAAGGACGCCUUAAUCCCAGCAGGCACUGUCAUAUAAACCACACACCUAUAAUAUUCUCCUUUUCUUUUUUCAAUUUUUAUUUCUUCCUAUAAACAGAGAUGAUGUAUAAACCUAUUCAAUAAGUUUUCUUUGUGGCUGUUUAUCCCCAAGUU